AUGGUGAUCGCAACCUCGUCGCCGACUCCGAGACGACUGGGUGGGAAGGGAGGGCGUUUAGUGACGUUGGUGUUUGCUACCAUCGUGGGAUUGUCAGCGGGCACCAACUAUCUGUUCAGGUCAGUACCAUUGAACGUUGACUCGUUGAGCUCGGCACGCGGAUCGGCACGGAGUGCGACUGCCUCGGUCAUCGUCACCGAGUCCGACUCUCCUGGUUGGCAUUCCGGUCGGAGACUGGAGAUUCCUCCACGCACCAGUCUACCGAUUGCGAGUUCCUACUCGAGAUCGCCUCCAAUGCUGAACACCCUACGAACCCCUCCGACUCCAGUGCCUACGCGCCACAGCUCGCUUCUCGCCUGGCUCUGUCCUCGACUCAGCUCAACGUCAUCGGCUCAGCCGGCAACCUUGGUCAGUAACGAUAAUCGGGAUGCACGCGUGAGAACGUCCUCAAUAACGAGACGGGGUACUGGAUGCCAUUUUGGCCCUUCAAAUUUCAUUCUUUAGGUGUUUACCUCUCGGGCAUUCCCAUCGGCCGGCUUGUCGAUCGCCAUGGGCCGACUUUUCUCUUGAUUUUCUCCGCCGUGGCUCUCAGCAGCGCUUGUGAGCUGCACCUGCGAGCUUUGAAAAGAGAUGCAUUUUGCUGACGAAGAUCUUUCGAUCCAUUCUUCGACGCAGUUCUGAUCGUACAUAGUAUCUACUUUGGCGGCCAAGACGGAAUUUUCUCGACGAUCGGGGUGCCGGGGCUAGCCCUGAUGGAGAUGCUCACAGGGAUAGGUACGUACAGCCAAACGCGGUUUCACUCCGCCCUUAGAGCCACGUCUAAUAUGUGUCUCGCCAAUGUGACAGGCUCCACUGCUGCUCUAGCAGCCGCAGGCAACGCGAUCGCCCUGUCCUUCAAGAAGACUCGUGCCACAGCACUUUCGCUGGUCCUCUCGGGAUUCGGACUUUCAGCUUUCUUCUGUGAGUAGUCGCUUGUCAGGAUUUGCCUUCCAUGUUGAGUUCUGACCGUUUUGACUUUUCUAGACUCGAGUAUUUGGCGGGAAAUCUCGCCGACAACUUCGGACCCGACCGCUGCGCUUUUAUUGCUCCUUGCGCUAGGGUGUGGGGCCUCAAUGGCACUGGGAGCCAUCACUAUUCGGAGACCAGCGAUCAUCAUACCUGCAAGCCUCGCUCCAGUACCACCCCCUUCGAUUGUCGUGAAUUCGCCAUCCCCCGACGACUCGGAGGAUGAUGCCGACACGAUCGCUGCGGGUCUAUUCCCAAGCGAACGAACCCCUUUAGUGCGAUCCAACUCGAGCAAAUCGGUGCAUGACGAGGUCAUCAGCGUUUCUGGAUGGGGUCUCGCAAGGGAGCUGGAUUUCUGGUGAGUGCGGAUUUAGAGGCUACAUCGGAUGGCAUCCUUCCGUGCUCAUCCUCCGUGCACAACGCACCGAAGGCUCCUUUUCGUUUUCAAUGGACUUUGCUCGGGCUGUGGUUUAAUGUACAUCAAGUGAGUCAUUGUAUAUGUCAUCACGAAGUCUAAACUAUACAUUGUACCAUGACUGAAAAGUGUCACUCCGGGUCUACCCAUAGCAACGUCGGUACAUUGGUUCGAACACUUGCGCAUAGCCCCGGGAGCUCCGAUCAACCCCCAUGACAUGUUGCCGUGCAGCAGGCGAACCUCGUCAGCCUUCUCUCCGUCUUCAACUGCCUUGGACGACUCCUCACUGGAUUCCUCAGCGACUUUAUGCUCCAUCGCGCCCCUGCAAAGUGGAGGUUCAGUCGGAUCUGGUGGAACGGUAUGUUUGCAGCAGUCGGUCAUACGUAAUCUGAGCAGCGCGCUCAUUCCCACUUCUUUUAGUCUCCACGGCGGUCAUGCUCGUCGUCGCCCAGAUCACCAUAUCCCGCGCCUCUACGAUUGAUGGAGUUUGGACAGGAUUGACCGUACCGACGGUUUUGGUCGGAUUCGCUCACGGGUCCGUCUUUGGGAUCUCGGGCAUCAUCGGACUCGAACGGUUCGGGAUCAAGCAUUUCAGUGGCAACAACGGCGUGUUGGCGCUUGCCCCUGCUAUUUUUGUAAGACCGCGUCGGGGCUCAUGACUGGGAUGCACGGCCACUCAUGAAGCUCACGGUCGUCUUGCACAGGGUCAAGCAACGAACUUGAUGUUCGGCAAGAUCUGUGAGCCGAAGUUGUCGCGCCGACGAUCCCGACCGCCGCUCACGCUUGACUGAGCUGCUCUCACAGACGAUCACCAAGCCUCUCGGUCUUCCAAGCACCCCUCGCUCCUCGCCGCAUCAACUUGCACGCUCGGACGGGACUGCUACCUCCUCUCCUUCCGCAUCACGACAAUGAUGGCCGUUCUGGCUCUUGGCUUUGGUUUGGUCUUGAGCAAUCGACAGAGCAUGAAGCGGAGAGCUGCCUGA